GAUGCCAUGUGGGGCGCCAGGGCCCAGCAAUCGGGCCUGGGUGGGUAUGGGGCCGGCCUGCUGGCUGCUCUGCUUGGACUGAGCUUCCUGUCCCAGCAUGCCCAGGCCGCAGAACCCACCAGUGACACCAGCGCUGAGAAUAACACCCAGACCAUGAAGUCCACUCCAUCCCUGUCAGAGGUAUGUGGCAAGACCAAAUUCCAAGGGAAGAUCUACGGCGGUAAUAUUGCCAAGGCUGAGCGGUGGCCGUGGCAGGCCAGUCUGCGCUUAUAUGGCAGGCACAUCUGUGGAGCGGUUCUCAUCGACAAAAACUGGGUAGCUAGCGCUGCCCACUGCUUCCAAAGGUCUCGAAACCCAAGGGACUACAAGAUCAGACUAGGGUACACCGAUAUGAACAAUCCCACCAGGUAUAGCAGGGAGAUGUCAGUGCAGACGGUCAUCGUUCACAAGGACUACGACAGAUUCCACCGCCAAGGAAGUGACAUCGUCCUCCUGCAGCUGCGUUCCUCUGUGGAGUACAGCUCCCACAUCCUCCCAGCCUGUCUCCCUGAGAAAAACAUGAACAUUCCCGACGAUAAGGCCUGCUGGAUAAGUGGCUGGGGGCAUCUCAGAGAGGAUGUGCGACUUCCUUUGCCUAGUAAGCUGUAUGAAGCCAAGCUCAUCCUCAUGACCAAUGACCAGUGUAAAGGAUUUUUCCCACCGCCAUCUCCGGGAUCUCAUAGAGAGUACUACAUAUAUGACGACAUGGUGUGUGCUGCUGACUACAACAUGACAAAAUCCAUCUGUGCAGGAGAUUCUGGGGGCCCCCUCGUCUGUUUACUAGAAGGCUCCUGGUACCUGAUAGGGCUGACCAGCUGGAGCGCCACAUGUGAAGACCCACUCGCCACCCCCAGUGUCUUCGCCAGGGUCUCCUACUUUGACAAGUGGAUUAAAGAUAACAAGAAAACAUCAUCCAACUCAAAACCAGGACAGUCCAAUCGCCCCCCUCACAAUCAGAGACCCCCGAAAAAUCCAGAACCCCCUGGGAAUGAAAAUCCUGAGGACAAUAACAAUGCUGUCAUCAAGCUGACGGUCUGCACAGCCCUGCUGCUCUCCCAGGUCCUCCUGCAACAGUUGAUUUAGCUCAGAGAUCUGUGACAGAGUCACAGGACCUUGGACAGUCAGUAUAUCCUGUGAGCCACCUCACUGAACACUGUCCCCCCGUCUCCAUCUGUGGGCUCCCCUGUCCAUCUGAGGCCACACUUGCCCUGGGUCAGGCAAAACAAAGAAUGAACAAUAAAACCAAAA